CCGUUACCAUCAUCUUCAUUCAUUAUCUUCUUCCUCUUUCUUUCUUCUUCUUUUUUUUUUUUUCCUCUCUCUCUCUCCUCCAUCAUUGGGUUCCCAGAGAACCCAGAUCGAGGAUUGGGUUCUUGAGAGAACUAAGGUCGGGUUCUCGAGAGAACCCGCACCUUCUUCCUUUUUUCUUUUUUUUUCUCCCAGGCUCUCUUGGAGAACCCAAAUUGGGUUCUCCGAGAACCCACGAGUUCUCCAAGAGGGGAGAAGAGAAGGAAGAAUAAGGGAGGAGAGGGAAAGAAGAAGAAAAAGAAAGGAGGAGGAGGGAAAAGAAGGAAGAAGACAGUUUUGAUCUUGGGUUCCCACAGAUGAUUAGGAUGAGAAUGGAUUGAAUAAAUCGUCUCCCUAGCUUUCUUUCAACCUGAAACCAUGAAAAUUCAAUCCACAGGAAAAACAACGCCACACACAACAGAAUUUGUCACCAAUUUCAUACGAGAACCUAGAUCAGAUGGGUUCUCAUGGGUUGGGUUCUCACCGUGAUAACCCAGAUCUCGGUUCUUCAUGAGAACCCAUGGGUUCUCUAAGAGGGGGGAAGAGAAGGAAGACGAGGGGAGGAAAGGGAAAGAAGAAGAAAAAGAAAGGAGGAGGAGGGAAAAGAAGGAAGAAGACAGUUUUGAUCUUAGGUUCCUGCAGAUGAUUAAGAUGAGAAUGGAGGUGAGGAGGAAGAUGGAUCUAGUGAGGAUGGAGACCGGAGGUAAGGAGGAAGAUGGAUCUAGUGAGGAUGGAGACUAACGGAGUGUGGGAGCUAACGAAAAAAAAAUGUGUGUAACGGAGUGUGGUAUGGUUGGAGUGUAAGUGAAUAAUCAUCCAUAAUUUAU